AUGGCCGAACCCCACGAAGCCACACAGAAGCAGAAAUCCCGCGGAUAUGUCAAUAAGUCUGAUAAGCAGCGAGUGUUAUCGACUUGUGAGAAUAUCAAUCUGAAUGAAGCGGCUUUCCAGAAGCUGUCUAAAACCAUAGAAAGCGAGAUGGCGGGAGUUAUUAAUUGUCCCUAUUGCAAUUUCAAGUUGGGGCGCUAUGCGUGGACGGGGAGCAAUUGUACGUGUGGAGCGUUUGUGACUCCGUCCUUCUUUGUCCCCAAGUCCAAGGUAGAUAAGGAAGUUCCCAUCCCCUCGAACACUUUCUCACACCCAACGUGA